AUGACUUCCGUAGACAUGGAUGUAGAGAAGUAUUUACGGCGGAUUGGAUUUGGGGGGUCCGCGGCGGAGCCCAGCCUGGAACUGCUCAGGUCUGUCCACUCCUGCCAUCUGCUCUCGGUUCCGUUUGAGGACCUGACGGUGCACAGCGGCGGCCGCGUCCAGCUGAGCCUCCCCGAGCUGUUCCACAAGAUCGUCAACCAACGCCGUGGGGGCUUUUGCUUCGAGAAUAACUCCUUGUUCUCCUGGUUGCUGAUGGAACUGGGCUUCCAGGUCACCGUUCUGUCAGGUCAGGUGAAGAACUCGCUGACAGGUCUGUACGGGCCCCCCCAUGACCACGUGAUCAUGAUGGUGCACCUGGAGGGGCGGAGGUGGCUUUGCGACGUGGGAUUCGGUGUUCCCGGGUUCAGGGUCCCCCUCUCCCUGGACACCGGCGGCCUCCAGGAGCAGGGCCACAGGGUGUAUCGCAUCAGAAAAAGCACCGAGAUGCACUUUAUGGAGUGGCAAAAGGAGGAAAACAGAGGCGAAGCUGGGGAUUGGACGGAGAUCUACAAGUUCACCCUUGAACCCCGACGCCUGGAGGACUUUACCGAGAUGUGCCAGUACCACCAGAGUUCUCCUUCUUCUAUUUUCUUCUGCAAGUCCCUCUGCACGGUUUUAAAACCCUACGGAAGGCUCACCUACAUUGGCCGCAAGCUGACAACCACCAGGUUUCCAUCCGAAGCCACCGGGGGGGUGCUGGAAACCUCAACAAGGGAUCUCACAGAUGAGGAAAUCCCACAUGUUCUUGCAGAGGAAUUUGGAAUUGUACUUCCAUCCCCACUCAUACCAAAAGAUGAGACAAUCACUCCACUACCUGUUCUGUACUAA